AUGUCCAAAUCCAACAAGUCCGAGCUCUACCUCAAGGAGCUCGACUCGGCCAGACUGCGCGGUAAUUGGCUCAGCGAACAGCCAAGCCAGUCUGGCAAGUCCUUGCCUUGGAAGGAGCUUCUGCGCAAGUUCGGCAAACACAAUGCGGACAAGCCCUCUCUGCUUGCACUAGCAUCGAUCGAACAAGAGCUAAAAGCCAACAUCCACAACUUCUAUAUUGACUCGGAUUACACGGACGCCUCGCAUUUGAACGACUAUAAGCUCCAUCCACGCACGGGUGAUGCGACGCUCUUCCCACCUCUCAUGCAGCCCGGAGCAGAGGGCGUCGGCUGGUCCACUGAAAGCGUCACCCAGAUCGCAGACCGCGUCCUCGAGUACGGCGACGGCACCAACCGCGCUGCCGCAGUCUCAUUGCGUGUCUUGGCUCUCUUCACCCUCGGCCGUGACGACGAGGCGGUCGACAUCAUCCACCGCGAGAGGUUCAUGGAAACCGCCGGCGAAUCAGCCGCUACCCCGGAGAUCCACAACAGCGCACUCACUGGUCUCGUCAUCCAAGGCUUCACCCUCUACGGCAUGGCCAACGAGCGCCUCCUCUUCUCCAAGAACGAGCCUGGCUACGCUCCCUUUGCUCUCGCCGGUUUCGCCCGAGCCAUUGAGCUGCAUGAGGCCGUGCGUGGCGGCAAAAAGGCCAACGCGCUUCGGGGUCUGCAGGCCGACGAGAUCGAGAGGUGGGCCGAGGUCGCCCUCUACCGCAACUCGCUCCUCUCCAUCCGUGCUGGCGAACCCGUACAGAGUCUGAAUGCGCUCCGUUCCUACCAGGCACACGCAAGUCGCUGGCACGCCGAGUUCCGUCUGCCGCAGCGCAACGUCAUUCACCGUUACUAUCUCCGCGUCCUCAACCGCUCCGCCGAGCUAGGCACCUAUGUCGAUCCACCAGAGCUGCCACCGCCCAGUCGCGAUGAUUGGAGGAGCAAGGCGUACCAGCUCUCGGUGGUCGCAACCGUUGCCUCGCGCGUCCAGAUCCGCGACUAUGAAUCCGAGCGUCUCCACCGCGACCCUGCCGCCCAGCGCAUUGCUCCUGCAUUCACCUCGGCCCGCGUCACCUCGCGCACCGUCUCCAAGCGUCGCCCCAGCUCUUACCGAGAGCUGCGUCCGCCCACGGUGUCGUGGUCCAACGAGUCGCUCACAGCUCAAAAAGCGGCUUUCAACUCGCUCCAGAAGUCCACCGCCUUCCCCAAAGCUGGCCAUAUCAACGAAGAGGUGCUCGACUUUGCCGACGAGAUGGUAAAGGCGUGGCGUAUCAAUGGUGGGCUCGGAGGCGAGCAGGCCGACGAAGUCGCCGAGAUCCUGCACGGCCUUGUCGAACUCACCUUCCACUCGCAGCGCAUCGCACGCUACCUGGUCGAGGUGCUCUUUGCCGCCGAGUGCUUUGAUGAGGCCAAGCGCGCUUUGCAAGCGUAUGUGCAGCUCGUCGAAAAGGCACGCGAAGCCGAAUCCAGCUCUGAUGCCAACUCGCACGGUCAAGAGGCGGAGACCAAGCAAAACGGCGAGAAGCAUCAGCAGGGAAAUCACGAAAAGCAGCAGCAGCAGGCCAACGGCACCAGCACUACCUCUUCCCGGGACCACGACCCGGACGAGGUUUACGCAAACGCGCUCGCACACGGCGCCUACAUGGUAGGACGCCACGCCAACGACUUUGCGCUUGCCAAUAAGAUUGCGUCCAAGGCGCUCGCGGUGGUGCAGGACAACGAGGGCAAGUUCAAGCCUGCCUUCCAGAAGAGUGCCGAGUUGUUGGCCCGCUUGAAGCGUGUCAGUGGCUUUGUCAAAGCAGGGUUGGCCAUCCAGGUGGCAGAUCCGGUUCGCAGACCCGUGUUGCAGUCCGAGGCGCUCGCCGAGCUCACCACGGCUGCCCGGCUCGACGACCAGUCCUCCGAGGCUUUCUACCAGCUCGCCUUCCUGCAGGCCGAGUUGCGCGACGUGCAUUCUGCCAUUCAGUCGGCUCGCAAAGCGGUCGAACUCGAGCCUGCGGAUGUCGAGUCGUGGCAUUUGCUCGUGCUUCUGCUUUCCGCGCAGAAAAAGUACAAGGAUGCGUUCAAGAUUGCCGAGGUUGCGCUGGACGAGUGCGACAAAGACGACAAGGGAGCCAGCACGGGUGCGGUCAAUGGUACUUCGCCUGCCAACUUUGCAGCUUCGCAGCUGCUGAGCGUCGACUAUCCGCCACGCCCUCUUGAGAGGAACGAGUCGAUCCUGCGGCUCAUGAUGACGUACAACGCAUUGGAAGAGCUCAACGAUGGAGUCGAGAGCGCUAUUGCUGGACAAAAGGAGCUGUUUUCCUACUUCCACCGCGUGUUUCCGUAUGCUGCUGCUGCUGCGGCAGCUUCAGCUUCGGCAUCGUCAGCGGGAGAAGUCACUAAUGCUCGGGCCUCGAAGGAUAUGGGUGGAUUGCGUCGAUACGGCUCGCUGGCAGCUGUGGGAGGCGAGAAUAGCAACGAUACGGUGCUGGCACGUUCGCAGACGACGGCGGGUCGCGCACGAUCGUAUGCACAAAGGUCGGUGAGCGCUGCGGUGGGCACGCAAAAGAGCAAUGCGGCCAUCUUGCCAGGUAUGCAGUUCGGCAACGCGGAUGAAGAGGAUCUGUCGCGGUCAGGCGCCGAGCGAACACUCGAGCACCUCAAGAAGCAAUCGCUCGCGCUGGCCAAGAUCUGGCUGCUCUCGGCGGCAAGCUUCCGACGCGCUGGCCAGCUCAAGGAGAGUCGAUCUGCAAUCCAAGAAGCGGAACGACUGCAGCCGGGCCUGGCCGAUGUGUGGGUGCAGCUGUCGCUAUACUUUGCCAACAACGGCUCGAAUCGGCUUGCGGUCGAUUCUCUGUAUAAAGCGCUGGCGUGCUCGAGUGCCGAUGUGGCUGCGUCAGUACACCUCGCGCGACUGUUCCUCGCGGAUCCGGAGCUCAAACCAAAGCACGAUGCUGCGACGUACCACCAACACCACGCUGCGAGUGGAAAUGCGUCGACCAACAAGCACGAGUCGACGGCCGAGGCGACGUUGAGCGCCAUGGCCAAGGAUCUGUCGUCGGUGAGCCUGGCGGAAGGCCUGUUGACGACGACCACCAAGGGCGCCGGAUGGGACUCGAGCGAGGCGUGGCUGUUCUUGGGGCAGGCGGUUCAGAGGAGCCAGCGGGCACAGAGGGCGCGAGAAUGCUUCGAGUAUGCGCUGCAGCUCGAAAACACCAAGCCUGUUCGUCCGCUCUCGAGUGCUUUGCUGCGAUGA